AUGCCUGGACUACUCCACCACAAAUUCCUAACAAUCACAACGCAGAUCACCAACAAAAGAUCCUCCACCUCGUCAGCACACAACAAAAGCACCGCCAUGUCAAGAGGAGGUCAUGGAGGCGGCGGCGCUCGUGGCGGGUUCGGUGGCGGCAGAAAACUCAAUAUUGCAGGCACAGAGUUGGACUGGGAUAUCUCGGAGCUGGACAUCCCACGGGGCCCUAUCGAGCCUUUCCCCAAAACCCAUCACCCUCCCCAGCCCCCACCGGCAUCCAGAGAUGAGGAAAUUACCGUUCAAAAUCAUUUGGGCAUACGCACGCGCAUCCACGAGGGUCCCUUUUACACUAUUCUCAAUGACGGAAUGAAGAACGGUCUCAAGAGGAAAGCAGACGAUCGCGGACCGACGGAAGACACACUGUUCAACUCGUUCCUAGACAACCAAACGUAUUCGGCCAAGUACGCGAAGAAACGGAGAAGGAUUCCCAAGCUAGAUACCAGACCAUAUGUGGUGGAGCUGUUUCCUCCGGAACUACAUGACCUGCUAGCUCCUGGCGGCGGGAAGAGCAACCAGCAACUGCUCUCAGUUACGAGAAUGGACGCGAAGUCGUAUGUGGAGCAGAUGAUAAAACAGGAGCAAGAGCGCAUGCGAGAAGCGGAAGAGCGGGGCGAUGAAGAUGAAGACGAGGACGCGGACGAAGAUGCGGACGACAACGAUAACGAGGGCAAACCGGAUGCGGUCGAUGAGGACGAUAACUGGUCGGCUGCUUCUAGUGAUUCAGAGGAAUCCGGCGACGAUUACAACGCCGAACAAUACUUCGAUAAUGGCGAUGACGACGAAGGGGACGAUGGGGACGCUUAUGGAGAUUAUGACUGA